AUGAUAUCUAUCCAACUCUCUGUCUUCUUCAUGACCAUCUAUGUGCUCGAGUCCUUGACAAUAACUGUGCAGAGCAUCUUAAUUGUUGUAGUACUAGGCAGAGAGUAGGUGCAGGUCCAAAGGCUGUCACCCGUGGACAUGAUUCUCACCAGCCUGGGAGUCUGCCGCUUCUUUCAACUGUGGUCAUCGAUACUGCACAAGUUUUGCCUCCACUUCUACCCUAAUUACGAAUUUUGGUACUGGGAGAUCAUCUGGGAAUUUACUAACAUUCUUUCAUUCUGGUUGAUGAGCUUGCUUGCUGUCUUCUACUGUGUCAAAGUCUCCUCCUUCAGCCACCCCAUUUUCUCCUGGCUGAAGUGCAGAAUUGUGAGGUUGCUUCCUCGGCUGUGGCUGGGUUCUCUGCUGAUUUCUUCUGUGUCUAUCACCUCUGCAGCUGUUAGGUGUUACAGCAAGAUUCAGUUAACCUCCAUGAGGCACUUCCCUAGAAACAGCAGCGUGACUGAGAGACUUGAGACACUCCUGUGGGAUUUUACCCUGUGCGAAGCGGUUGUGUUGCAUAUUCCUUUCCUCCUGUUCCUGGCCUCCACCAUCUCACUCAUGGCUUCAUUAUUCCAACACCGGAGGCAGAUGACACAUCAUCACAACGGCCACCUCAACUCCAGCCUGGACACAUACUCUACUGCUCUAAGGUCUCUUGCCAUCCUCCUCAUAUUCUUCACCUCUUAUUUUCUGACCCUACUAAUCUCCUUCUUGGGUAUCCUAUUUAAUAAGAGGUCCUGGUUCUGGGCCUGGGAAGCUGUCAUCUGUGCUCUAGUCUCUAUUCAUUCUACUUCACUGAUACUGAGCAGCCCCAAAUUGAAAAGGGUUUUAAAAAUAAGGUCCUGGGGCCUAGAGGCUGCCUGA